CCCCAGGAUGUCGGUCCGUCUGAGCGGAGUGUACCUGGUAUCGCCCAACCAAUCGAUGGCGGUGGAAAAAGCGCCGCCGCCGCCGGCGACAACGUCGUCCUCGGCAGCGACGACGCCCACCAACGGCAACGGGCUGGCGGCGCCGCAGCCCAGCCACCCCCUCGGGCCCCAGGGGCUGCUGGGCAAGGUUGCCAUCGUGACGCCCACCCCGCAGCAGGCGCAGCCUCCCCAGCGGAGCAAUAGUCUGGAUUACCUCAACUUCGAGGAGAAGCGGCAGCUUAUCGCGUCGUCGCUGUCGCUCUCGGACUUCCUGCACGCCAACGGGCCCGUCAGCGGGCCCUUGAGCGCGCCCCUGAACGCGCCCCUGGGUGGGCCCCUGGGUGGGCCGCUGCCGGCCGCCGGCCACCAAGUCAUAGUCUCCAAGAAACAGAAUGGCGCGCUGAGGCUGGGCGGGCUGGGCCCCGUGGGCGGCGCGCGCACGCCCCCCUUGGAGAGGAGGAGCAAGCUCGCCGCGCUGGGCCGGCUGUUCAAGCCCUGGAAGUGGAGACGCAAGAAAAAGUCAGAGAAGUUCGAAGCCGCUAGUCGAUCCCUGGAAAGGAAGAUCUCAGUCCGUGCCAACAGAGAGGAGCUGGUGCAGAAGGGCAUCUUGCUGCCGGAGAGCCCCAUCACCCCCAUCGCCGAGCCCCCCGGAGCCGACGUGUCCCCGCCAUAUACCGUGCUGUCUCCUCAGCAGCAGUUCCAUCAACAGCAGCAGUUCCAGCAGCAGCUGGUCCAGCAGAUCCAGCAGCAGCAGCAGGCCCAGCACCUGCAGCAAUACCACCAACACCAGCUGCAGCAGCUGCAACAACAGCAGCAGUCGUACCUGCCACCCCAACAGGAACAGUCAUUACUACAACAGCUGGCGCCCCAACAGCUGACUCCGCAGCUUCAACACCAGCAGCACAUACAGCAACUUCAACAGCACCUGCAACAGCAACACCUCCAACAACAACAGCAACAGCAGCAGCAACAACAACAACAACAGCAGCAGCAACAGCUCCAGCAACAACUGCAACAGCAGCUCCAACAACAACAGCAACAGCAGCAGCAACAACAACAACAACAGCAGCAGCAACAGCUCCAGCAACAACUGCAACAGCAGCUCCAACAACAACAGCAACAACAGCAGCAACAGCAGCAACCACAGCAGCAGCAACAGUCAACGCAGCAGCCCCAGCAGAAUGGACCGACUAGUUUACAAGAGCCAAAGAAGGACAAGGCCGAGCCCGCCAAUGGACCGUGCGGCGCGCCGGGCGACGGUUCCCUGUCGGAUGGGCACCGGGAGGGGCCUCUGGGGCAGCAGCAGCAGCAACAGCAGCAGCAGUCCAAGCCGGAGCGGCCGUCCUCCCUGGGCGCGGGGCUGCCCGUCGGCCCCGUCCCCGGGCCGGGCAGGCUGACCCGCCGCCUGCUGUGCUACCACAUGCCCGACAACUGUGAUCCCCAGCCUUCCCAUCAAGGGCCUCCUGGAGGAGAUGGAACGCCACCUCCUAAUGAGCGCCACUUCCAACAACAACUGCAACAACAACUGCAGCAACAACUUCAGCAACAGUUUCAACAUCUCCAGCAACAGCAGCAACAGCAGCAGCAGCAACAACAACAACAGCACCAACAACAACAGCUGCAACAAAUUCAACAGCAGCAACAUCAUCAUCAUCAGCAAUCACAACAACAGAUGCAACAACAGAGCAAUAGUAGUGGAGUACUAACUCUAUCAGAUUUGCCUGAACCACCUAUCCCUGUGUCAGAAAUUGGUCCUAUUCCACCACCACCUAUGUUUAGUUCUCCGAGUCCAACAUUGCUAAGGCUGCAUGGUGGACCAGCAAGAGUGGAUAGCAACAGUAGUGCAAGCAACAGCAAUGGCACUAGUGUUCAUAAUGCAGUUCCACUUGACCUGUCCAACUUUGGCUACCAAGAUCAGGAAGAAGAUGAUACUUAUGAAGAUUAUGAUGAAGAAGAAGACCAGUUUCAUAAUUUUAGAGUAUCCCAACCAGAUCCAAAUAUUGACACAAAUCGAGUGGAAGAGAUUCCUGCCAAAGAGCCAAAAUUCCACGCUGUACCUCUAAAAUCUGCUUUGAAAAAGAAGGGCAAUGGUGCUGGUGGCAGUAGUGGACCUGGGACACCAACUCAGGAGUCAAGGCCUCUUGGUGUUCGUCAAGAACACAACUCGUCUUUCAAGCGGCCUCCUUUGAGGUCCCGUGUGAGGAUUUGCACUCGGCCAGUAAGAUUUGGCAUUGCUCUGCCAUGUACAAUGGAGAACAAGGAGAAUGCACGCCCAUACAACUCUUCCCAUGAUGAUGAUAGUGACUCUGGUGAUGGUCCUAUUCUCUACAGGGAUGAUGAUGAAGAUGAGGAGAGUCGCCUUGCAGCUAAAAUUGCUCGCAAAGAUAGUUUAGCUAUAAAACUGGCUCUUCGUCCAGAUCGACAAGAGCUCAUAGAUAGGAACAUAUUGCAAGUUCAAAGUGAUAAAGAAAGGCAGGAAAGCAAAGAAGCUGUUGGAGCUCGCUUAAUCAGGCGGUUAAGUAUGAGGCCAACUCAAGAAGAACUUGAAGAAAGAAAUAUUUUAAAGAAAAAUUCAACAGCUGAAGAAAGGAAAUUAAAAGAAGAAAAGAAAAAGAUGCUACUUAGAAAACUAAGUUUUCGGCCAACUGUAGAGGAGCUAAAAGAGAAAAAGAUCAUACGUUUUAAUGACUACAUAGAAGUUACUCAAGCACAUGAUUAUGAUCGAAGAGCUGACAAGCCUUGGACUAGACUUACGCCUAAAGACAAAGCAGCUAUUAGGAAAGAGCUAAAUGAAUUUAAAAGCUCUGAAAUGGAUGUUCACGAUGAUAGUCGUCAUCUCACAAGAUUCCAUAGACCCUGACUGCCUAAAUUGCCAUUUGGGUGGACGUGUGGUUGGAUAUGUUUGUUGGUAUACUUAGCACCAACUCAUUGUUGACCAAUCGGCUUCCCGACUGACCAAUGCGUUUGCAAGUAAAUUUUUGAUCAAGAUGAGCACCUAUGUCUCAGAAAUGUGCGACUUUGUGAUAACAUGCACGUAAGUUUGUUGGACUCUGUGAGCGCAAGCAACGUGUGUGUGCCUGAUAGUGCGUAGUGAUACAGCCAAAAGUGCAAAAGAGAACAAGAUUAAGUUUUUAUUUCUUGUACAGAUACAUAAUUUUCUUCCUUGAACCAAGAAGCUCAGAUUUAUUGAGAAUGUCUGUUAAAAUGUCAUUGAAAUGUGUUUAUUAUCAUUUAUUUGUUGUUUUGAAUUCAUCUGUACAUAGGAAAACAUACAGUAUUGCCAUUUUUGUUUUCAGAGUGAAUUUGUUUUUGUAAGUGAUUAAUGAAUUUUUGGGCACAUCCCAUUGUGUGAUUUUUCAAGAGAUUUGAAAAAGUUAAAAAGGAUUAACUUACCUGAUCUAGGUAAAUUUGUACAUAAUAUUAAAGCUUGUGGUGGCUGAGUUUACCAUUUGACAAAAGUGAUUACUAUUCAGUGUGCUUGGCCAACUGUCCAAAUUUGUAUGGUUUGGUCUUCAUUUUAUUUUAUUUUAUUCCUUUUAUCAUGCUGUUGAUUAAUUUUACUAGUCCAGCAACUCACCAAAGUCUCAGUAACAAACUCUUUGGGCCAUCAUAUAAGAAAAAUGUUGUCAUAGUAUUUUUAAAAUAUCGGUAUUUGGUCGAUGACACAGAAGAUACUACAUCAGUUUAGUUGUCUUGACAUCAUUUGUUUCAAAUCACUUUAGCUUACAGCUAUUCACUUUAUUGACUCAUCCAGCUUAGGGAUCCUACUCAGAGGUUGCUGAAUUUUUGGUGCAAUGAAUAUUUGCUUUGGCUGUGUUCCAAAUCUAUUAUUUAGUUGUGUUACCAAGUAGGAGUAUGUUUUGAUAUGUUUUAGUCUCUAAAUUACCUACAUGUAAAGGGAAAUACUCAAUCAUUCAGAUUUAUGAACUUGAUCAUGUGCCUCAGUUGUGUAUGGUGAGGCACCCACAUUAUGUUGCCAGCACAAUUGUUUCUUGUUCUGUAUGAAAUCAGUUUUGUGCCAUAUAGCUCUUACCUCAGUUGUCUUAUAAUGUUUGAUUGAUUAUGGUACAUUAAAUGCAUAUUUUAUAUGCUAUAAAGAUUGUUGUUUUGUAACCCUUUUAUUUUAUUUUUUUAAAGAUGGUGAUUGCCACUCUCUUAACAGUGAAUCAUACAACCUUUUUACCACUGCAUGACUGAUUCCAGUGGUUUUCAUAUUUCUGUACUUUUGCUUUCUGUAUCAUAAUUUAUGACAAAGAUUGUUUUGUUUCACAAUCCAGAUUGUUUUAUUUUACUGAGAAUCACUGGUCUAUUUGGAUUGUCUUAGCACAGAAAAAUUCUAAGUGCUUUCUAUUUCUUGAGAUAAUAUUUCUACUGAAGAGAUCUGUGCUACUAAGCUAUCCUAUUGCUCAGAUGAUAUUUUCAUCCAAAAAUCAGUAAUUUUGAAUGCAUGUUAUUGGUUUGAUAUUUUUAGACACUGAAGUUUUCUCUCUGCUUCAAGCUAGAAGAUGCAUCAUACCGAUGUGUCUGUUUCAGUGAACGAGACUACUAUGCUAAACGCACUAAUGCAUCAUAGUGAAAAAUCUAGAUGAGAAAUCCCUUGCUUGAUUGUUUGUAAGGAAAAUUUAGGAAAAUAAUUAGGGCGUUGCCAUGUACGAUGUUGUUCUGCUUCUUUUGUUGUUGUUAUUGUUUUACAAUUUUACACAGAAAUUUGCUGAGCUCAUCAUAUCAGUGUAACUUUUGUACCUUAUGUACAGACCCUUUCUCGCAGUUCAAUGUAUUUUGAGAAGGGAGGUCAUUAUAAAAUCUAGAAAUGUAAAGUAAACAAAAAUUAGAGUUGAUUAUUGCAGUCUCCUUUGUAAGAACCAUAACCUCUUUAUUAUUUGUUGUUUUAAGUUUUAGCACAUUCUGCUCUGAGACUGCAAUUCUCUAACAGACUGCUCAGAGCACAUGCUUUUAGUCAACAAAGUGCCUAUGCAAGUAUAUCUACUUUUAAAAAAUAAGCAUAAUAAUUGAUGUGGUAGGAUAUGUCACAUUUUAUUUUUAAUUUUUCUGUUGAACAUAAUUACCUGAUGCCAAAAACAAAGAUUAUUUUAUGAAGAAAAUAAAAACAGAAUGCAAUGCAAAUAUUUAAUCAGUUGAACUAAUACAACAAAUGCAAACAUUUUCAUGAGCUCUAGCUUACAAGUAGGUGGGUUUGCAAGGAAGAGUGGUGAUUGUGUUUGGCCUUUUAUUUAGGUAAUGAACUUUUGUCAGAUUGAAUCCAUGGCAACAUCAAGAAAAAAAUUGUAGGUAACAUGUGAAUAAAUAGUGAAGAAUUUCAGAUUCUUGAAACAAAAGUUUUAAGUGUUUCAGUAGUAUCGAAGAGGAGAGUCCAAGAGCUCUGUACAAAAAGAAAAUUUAUGUAUUUAUUUGUAUAUUUGAAACUUGUGUAAUUUAAAAUACAUUUUUACUUGUUUUAAUGUUAAGGUCAGGAUGUCUUCCAAAUAGACAUUGAUGCAAUUA